UGUCGCCAUUUUCGUAUAAACAUAACCAGUGGACUGUGAUUAAAAACGCGGGUGGAGGAGGUGGUGGUCCUUAAUGAUUAAUUAAUUCUUGUUUUGAAAAUGUACCCCGUUGGACAGCCACCUCCCCCGGGCCCGCCGGGGCCGCCCGGCCCGGUGGGGCCCCCGGGACCCGUCGCAGUGCCCCCCGCCGGGCUCGGCCUGGCGCCGCCCCAGCAGCCGCCCCAGCCGCCGGAGCUGCCGAUGUUCAACUGCCCGCGCCGGCCCAACCUGGGGCGCGAGGGCCGCCCCAUCAUCCUGCGGGCGAACCACUUCCAGAUCACCAUGCCGCGCGGCUACGUGCACCACUACGACAUCAACAUCCAGCCCGACAAGUGCCCGCGCAAGGUGAACCGCGAGAUCAUCGAGACCAUGGUGCACGCCUACAGCAAGAUCUUCGGCGCGCUCAAGCCCGUGUUCGACGGCCGCAACAACCUGUACACGCGCGACCCGCUGCCCAUCGGCAACGACCGCGUCGAGCUGGAGGUGACGCUACCAGGGGAGGGGAAGGACAGGGUGUUCCGCGUCACCAUCAAGUGGGUGGAGCAGGUGUCCCUGUACGCCCUCGAAGAGGCCCUGGAGGGACGCACGCGGCAGAUCCCCUACGACGCCAUCCUGGCCCUGGACGUGGUGAUGCGCCACCUGCCCUCCAUGACGUACACCCCGGUGGGCCGCUCGUUCUUCUCGUCCCCCGACGGCUACUACCACCCGCUGGGCGGCGGGCGGGAGGUGUGGUUCGGCUUCCACCAGUCCGUGCGGCCGUCGCAGUGGAAGAUGAUGCUCAACAUCGACGUGUCGGCGACGGCGUUCUACAAGGCGCAGCCGGUGAUCGAGUUCAUGUGCGAGGUGCUGGACAUCCGGGACGUGAACGAGCAGCGCAAGCCGCUCACCGACUCGCAGCGCGUCAAGUUCACCAAGGAGAUCAAGGGGCUGAAGAUCGAGAUCACGCACUGCGGCACCAUGCGGCGCAAGUACCGUGUCUGCAACGUGACGCGCCGCCCCGCCCAGAUGCAGUCGUUCCCACUGCAGCUGGAGAACGGCCAGACGGUGGAGUGCACGGUGGCCAAGUACUUCCUGGACAAGUACAAGAUGAAGCUGCGCUACCCGCACCUGCCGUGCCUGCAGGUGGGCCAGGAGCACAAGCACACCUACCUGCCCCUGGAGGUGUGCAACAUCGUGGCGGGCCAGCGCUGCAUCAAGAAGCUCACGGACAUGCAGACGUCGACCAUGAUCAAGGCGACGGCGCGGUCCGCCCCGGACCGCGAGCGCGAGAUCAACAACCUGAUCCGGCGCGCCGACUUCAACAACGACGCCUACGUGCAGGAGUUCGGGCUGACCAUCAGCAACAGCAUGAUGGAGGUCCGGGGACGCGUGCUGCCCCCGCCCAAGCUCCAGUACGGGGGCAGGGUUAGUUCGCUCAGCGGACAGACGAAGCAGCAGGCGCUGCCCAACCAGGGCGUGUGGGACAUGCGCGGCAAGCAGUUCUUCACCGGCGUGGAGAUACGCGUGUGGGCCAUCGCCUGCUUCGCCCCGCAGAGGACAGUGCGAGAGGACGCCCUGCGGAACUUCACGCAGCAGCUGCAGAAGAUAAGCAACGACGCAGGGAUGCCUAUCAUCGGACAACCGUGUUUCUGCAAGUACGCGACGGGACCAGACCAAGUCGAGCCCAUGUUUCGAUACCUCAAGUCCUCGUUCGCCGCGCUGCAGCUGGUGGUCGUGGUGCUCCCGGGCAAGACGCCCGUGUAUGCGGAGGUGAAGCGCGUGGGCGACACGGUGCUGGGGAUGGCGACCCAGUGCGUGCAGGCCAAGAACGUCAACAAGACGUCCCCGCAGACGCUCUCCAACCUCUGCCUCAAGAUCAACGUGAAGCUGGGCGGCAUCAACAGCAUCCUGGUGCCCAGCAUCAGGCCCAAGGUGUUCAACGAGCCGGUGAUAUUCCUGGGGGCGGACGUGACCCACCCGCCGGCCGGCGACAACAAGAAGCCGUCCAUCGCGGCGGUGGUGGGCUCCAUGGACGCCCACCCCUCGCGCUACGCCGCCACGGUGCGCGUGCAGCAGCACCGGCAGGAGAUCAUCCAGGAGCUGAGCAGCAUGGUCAGGGAGCUGCUGAUCAUGUUCUACAAGAGCACGAGCGGCUACAAGCCCCACAGGAUCAUCCUCUACCGGGACGGAGUGUCCGAGGGGCAGUUCCUCCACGUGCUGCAGCACGAGCUCACGGCCAUCCGGGAGGCGUGCAUCAAGCUGGAGGGGGACUACAAGCCGGGCAUCACCUUCAUCGUGGUGCAGAAGAGACAUCACACCAGGUUGUUCUGCGCGGACAAGAAGGAGCAGUCGGGCAAGUCGGGGAACAUCCCGGCCGGCACGACGGUGGACGUGGGCAUCACGCACCCCACCGAGUUCGACUUCUACCUGUGCAGCCACCAGGGCAUCCAGGGGACGAGCCGCCCCAGCCACUACCACGUGCUGUGGGACGACAACCACUUCGACUCGGACGAGCUGCAGUGCCUGACGUACCAGCUGUGCCACACGUACGUGCGCUGCACGCGCUCCGUGUCCAUCCCGGCGCCCGCCUACUACGCCCACCUGGUGGCCUUCCGCGCCCGCUACCACCUCGUCGAGAAGGAGCACGACAGCGGAGAGGGCUCGCACCAAUCGGCGUGCAGCGAGGACCGCACCCCGGGGGCCAUGGCGCGCGCCAUCACCGUCCACGCAGACACCAAGAAGGUCAUGUACUUCGCUUGAGCGCUCAAGACAUGGUGGCUUCGCGUCGCAGACACUUCCGCUUCGGUCGGGGAGUCGACGUGGCGCGUCGUCGCCGAGGCUCGCGCGCCAGGCAC